AUGGACGCUCUCCUAGAGUUGCAAGCCACGAAUCAGGCUCUCGUGAGACGCUCGCGUUACAUUCGAGACGGACAGGCGUUAGAUCUCAUAGGUCAUCUUCACUGCGACGUUUUCAAUCAGGAUAAAUUCUUAAUCAACGGAGUGGAAGUUAGAAUGAGGCUCGUUUGCUCGAAAGAUUCGUUUUGCCUCAUGGAAUCUAAUUCGGUGUCAAAAAUACGCCUUCUAGACGCUAGUCUGCUCGUUAGAAGAGCAAAGAUAAGCCCCGGUGUGUUACUCUCACACGCGAGAAUGUUGAGUAAAACCACCGCCAAAUAUCCUCUCACAAAAGUCAGGCCGUUACAACCGAACUUCUCGAAAGACGAAAAGCUUUACGUCGAAGCCUACCACACACUCUUCUCGGGAACCGGCAUUCACUUCUUGAACGAGGGAAAUUCUAUAAGUAGAGAGGAUUAUGCCCAGGGCUACACUCUUUUCGCUUUUGAUCUUAUCCCCGACUUGUCCGCUCAUUGCGCCGGACAUUGGAAUCUCGCGAAACAUGGUAGUUUGCGAUUAGAAGUGAAAUUUGAUAAGGCGCUUACCACGACCGUUAAUUGUAUCGUUUAUGCAGAGUUCGAUAAUAUUCUAGAAAUAGACUUCUCUCGACAAGUUAUCGUCGAUUUUGGCGGUUAG